AUGUCCCUCCAAACCCCCCGCGUCCUCCCCUCCCACCUGCACGCCUUCAGCCCGUCCGGGCCCCGAAGCGCACCGCCCGUCCGACUCCUCGGCACAGUGUCCGCCCUGCGCGGCGACACGGCAACAAUAACCUGCGGCACACACGGCGACGUCACACUGAUCCUAAAGCCCGACUCGCACCUGCAGAUGGGGAAGCUCGUGGAGGUUGUGGGCAAGGUUGCGGAGAUGCCGGAGGGCGGGCUUGGGAUCCGGGUGUUGGCGACGACGGAUUGGGGCAAUCCGGCUAGUUGCGACUACAAGAUCUAUGAGAAGGUUGUUGAUGUUACGCAUCGGCUUAAGCCUGUCUUUUAUGACUCGGCGGAAUAA